GGACCACUGAGCAAAUCUGCCAACACCCUAGCCGGCUGUGAACGCAGGUCCUAGAAAAUGGCAGAUGUGCCCAACGGUGAGCAGGGCUGUGGGUCCCCAGUGGAGCUGUUCAAGAACAUUGCUGCUCAAGCGGAGCUCGUGAGGGCCCUCAAAGCUGGAAACGCAGCGAAGAAUGAAAUUGAUUCCGCAGUGGAGAUGUUGUUAUCCUUGAAAAUGAGCUACAAAGCUGCCACGGGGGAGGAUUACAAGGCUGACUACCCUCCAAGGGACCCGGCACCUGGGAGUGAUAGUGGCCUGGAUGCCACAGAAGCAGGCGAGGAUUUUGUGGACCCAUGGACAGUACAGACAAGCAGUGCAAAAGGCAUUGACUAUGACAAGCUCAUUGUUCGGUUCGGAAGCAGUAAAAUUGACAAGGAGCUGAUAAACCGGAUAGAGAGAGCCACGGGUCAGAGGCCGCACCGCUUCCUGCGCAGGGGAAUCUUCUUCUCGCACAGAGACAUGCAUCAAAUUCUUGAUGCCUAUGAAAAUAAGAAACCAUUUUACCUGUAUACGGGCAGGGGCCCCUCUUCUGAAGCGAUGCACGUAGGUCACCUCAUCCCAUUUAUCUUCACAAAGUGGCUGCAGGAUGUGUUCAACGUGCCCUUGGUCAUCCAGAUGACCGAUGACGAGAAGUACCUCUGGAAGGACCUGACCCUGGAUCAGGCCUAUGGCUACGCUGUGGAGAACGCCAAGGACAUCAUCGCCUGCGGCUUUGACAUCAAGAAGACUUUCAUCUUCUCUGACCUUGACUACAUGGGGAUGAGCCCAGGCUUCUACAAGAACGUGGUGAAGAUACAGAAGCACGUCACCUUCAACCAGGUGAAAGGCAUUUUCGGCUUCACUGACAGUGACUGCAUCGGGAAGAUCAGUUUUCCUGCCAUCCAGGCCGCUCCCUCCUUCAGCAACUCGUUCCCCCAGAUCUUCCGAGACCGGACAGAUGUCCAGUGCCUCAUCCCGUGUGCCAUCGACCAGGACCCCUACUUCAGGAUGACCAGAGACGUGGCCCCCAGGAUCGGCUACCCUAAGCCAGCGCUGCUGCACUCGGCCUUCUUCCCCGCCCUGCAGGGGGCCCGGACCAAGAUGAGUGCCAGCGACCCCAGCUCCUCCAUCUUCCUCACGGACACGGCCAAGCAGAUCAAGACCAAGGUCAACAAGCACGCGUUCUCCGGAGGCAGAGACACCACGGAGGAGCACCGGCAGUUUGGGGGCAACUGUGACGUGGACGUGUCCUUCAUGUACCUGACCUUCUUCCUGGAGGAUGACGACAGGCUGGAGCAGAUCAGGAAGGACUAUGCCAGCGGGGCCAUGCUUACCGGCGAGCUCAAGAAGGAGCUCAUAGACGUUCUGCAGCCCUUGAUCGCCGAGCACCAGGCCCGGCGCAAGGAGGCCACAGACGAGAUAGUGAAAGAGUUCAUGACUCCCCGGAAGCUGUCCUACGACUUUGAGUAA